CAAAACAAUCAUCAGUGUUGAAGAAAAGGAAGAGGCUCCAGGCUGGUGAACCCUGUAACAGGUUAAUGAUUACUCCGGUUGUGUUUACUGAACAUCAGAGUGAGGAGCCUCAGUGUUCUGGUAGUUUGAAGUGAAGAACAAUGCAGCGGGUGUGUGUGUCCGAUUUUGAGGAGGAAGCCAGGAAAGUUCUUCCUAAAGCUGUGUAUGACUACUACCGCUCAGGAGCUGAUGAACAAAAGACCCUGGCUGACAACGUGGCUGCCUUUGACAGGUGGUAUCUUGUUCCCCGAGUGCUGAGGGAUGUGUCCACAGUGGAUCUGUCAGUCUCAGUGCUAGGCCAGAAGCUCAGCAUGCCUCUCUGUGUUGCAGCCACAGCAAUGCAGAGGAUGGCUCAUCCUGAGGGAGAAACAGCUACAGCAAAGGCAUGCAAGACAGUAGGAACAGGGAUGAUGUUGAGUUCCUGGGCCACCUCUACAAUAGAGGAAGUGAUGUCAGCAAUGACAACCUCACUGGGCAGUGGGGGUGUCCUCUGGUUGCAGCUCUACAUCUAUAAAGACAGAGAGCUCACACUGUCAUUGGUGCGCCGAGCAGAGAAGGUGGGUUAUAAGGCUAUCUUUGUUACCGUGGACACACCAUACCUGGGGAAGAGAUUAGAUGAUGUGCGCAACCACUUUAAAAUGCCCCCACACCUGAGCAUGUCUAACUUCUCAACAGCCUCCCUGGCUUUCUCUGAGGGAAACUAUGGCAAUGACAGUGGCUUGGCUGUUUAUGUUGCAAAUGCUAUAGACCCUUCUAUCUGUUGGGAUGACAUCACUUGGCUGAAAAAACACACACACCUACCUGUGAUUGUAAAGGGAAUACUGAAUGCUGAGGAUGCAGUCAAGGCUGUGAGCUAUGGUGUCAGUGGCAUUCUGGUGUCCAACCACGGAGCUCGACAACUGGAUGGAGUUUCUGCCACGCUAGAUGCCUUGGAGGAGGUGGUGAGGGCAGUGCAGGGUCGAUGUGAAGUCUACGUGGAUGGAGGAGUGAGGCGAGGGACAGACAUCCUGAAGGCCUUGGCUCUGGGAGCAAAGGCCGUCUUCAUUGGCCGACCAGUGCUGUGGGGUCUUGCCUGUCAGGGAGAACAAGGAGUUACUGAGCUUCUGGAACUCCUAAAAGAUGAACUCCGCCUGGCUAUGGCCCUCUCAGGUUGUCGUUCAGUUUCUGAAGUAAGCAGGUCCCUGGUCAGAAGAGUGGAAUUCAUUUCCAGGAUAUGAGAGAAGAUCCCUGAAGAAUACAAUAAUAAUUCUUAAUGAAUCACUAAUUAUGGGACUGUCAAAAUAAAUUAUUAGUUAUAUGCUUUUAAAGUUGAUGCUUUUGACUUGAUAUUAUCAAUGCAAAGGGAGUCACUUUUUUACUUUUACAAGGUUUUGCAUCUGAAAAUGAGUUUGCUGUUCAUGACUAGAACUACUAAGCAUGUAGAAGCUGUUAUUUAAUCUUAUUUAAUAAAUAUUUCUCCCAUUUUCAGAGGCUCAAACAUAAUUGGACAGGUGACUGAGGCAUAGUUUCAUGACCAGGUGAGGACAAUUCACUCACUGCUUUUAUUCAGUUAGACCUGGCGCUGAUGAACUUCUAUUUGGUAUCUUUUGACUGGAACUUUCAAUAUGAGGUUGGAAGUGAAAUCAAUGCAAGUGAAGGAGGUCAUUAUAUGAAUAAAUAGACCUGUCAGAGAGACAGCAAACACACAUCAAUAAUCUGGUACGUUCUUAAAAAGAAAGAAUAAACCACAAUCAAAGAAUUUAUUGCGGCUGAUGGCAAGAAUACAAAAACGUGAACAUAAGAUACAAAGAGCCGUAAAACCCAUAACUACUGAAAACCUAAACUUGGAAAAACACUAAGGCUAGACACGCUGGAGCUGGGAAAUACAGGAACAGGUACGGAAACAGGAACAUGAACAGAUGCUCUGAUAAGAAACAAAGAAAGACUGCAACAAUAAAUCUACAAGAGGGGGAUUAUGGGAAGAGGAGACAGCUGGGGAAACACACAGAGAGAGCUAAACUCUAAAGCUACUGGGAACUAAAAACAAAGUAAUCAUAUUUAAAGAGGAGACACGUGAAACAAUCGAAACAUGAAAUACAGCAAGAAUGAACAAGGAACAAACUAACACACUAAGGAACAUGUGAAGAAAGUAAAUAUUAAACAAAGAAGGAACUAACAAACUAAACUCACCUUCAAAAGUCUAAUAACUCAAAAACAACAGGUCAUACACUCAGGAUUAGAACAGAAUAGAAAAGUAUGGAGGAGGAAAGGAACAAGCAGCAACUGCAGGCCUGACGGAGCAUCACAGAACGCCUUCAGGAGACCAGAAAUGUUCUAGCUGUGCUGCAACACUUUCAGUUAUACCGCAUAGUGCAGUCUAUCAUAACGCUGAAUGUUUCUGAAGAUAAGUUUAUUCACAAAGUAUAUGAGCCUUUAAUAAAGCACCUAAUCAGAAAAACUACUGGGAGACAAAUGGCUUUAUUCCUGCAAUCUAACAUUUAGUAGUUAACACCAACCUUACAAGAAAAGUGCCCGUGUGCUUCGUUUGUACUCUCUUCCCUCAGUCUCAUGUCAUGAAGCACUUCUCUUUGUAUCCACUGCCCAAACCGACCCCUGUAUGACAUUUUGGACUGAAAUGAUGAUGUUUGCACCUUUAUGUGAGCCUGAAUUUCCAUCUUAUAAAAGAGUCCAACUUAAAUGUUGAUUUGAGACCUUUAUUGUACGUGUGGCAGUUUGAUUAUUGUAUGUUGACAUAUAUUCCUAAAUAAAUUUAGGCUUAAUUAAAUGAUUUAAAAAGAAAUGACUAACUAACGCCUAAUGCGCACGUACACACACACACACGCAUGCAUGCAACCUACAU